UCUAAUGAAACACGUCAGCAGCUUAUUUCACUUCUUUUUAGUAUUGAUACGGUUAAUUUCUUGAAUCCCAAGAGCCAGAGUUCAAAAGAAUACUUGAAAUAUUUCGUAAGUGAUGUUGAAUGCUUUUUUAGAAAUGCAAAUGAGAUAAAUCCUGAUAGGAUUUUAGAUACCCAAGGAGCUUUAAAAAUGGUUGAAAAUAGAUUAUUUAAUGAUACACCCCAAGAUAUGUCAAAUGUUGUAUAUUCGUCUUCAAUCUCUUAUUUGCAUUCAAUACUGUCCGGUGUAAUUUUUGAUGAAGGUAAUCACUCCGAUGAUCAUAAUAGAGAAAUCGAAGCUAUAAUGUCUGAUGCUGUUUCACUAAUUUCAACUAGGUUGUUACUACUUCACAGUGCCUCAAAAUCUAUUAUAGAGAAAUGUUUAUUGGCACGAAGAUCUUCACUUGCUUUUGACGGACAUGAUUUUGAUUGCGAAGAGUUUUAUUUGGAGCAGUUUAGAGAUUGCUACUAUUUUUUGGACGAGGUAAAUAUGAACUUUUUUGUAAUAUUUCUUUAAAAACUGACAAUGUUCUUGAACACUGAU